UCGCUGCUGUUCAGCUCUGGGCUAUUACUAAAAGAUCAAUAGUGAAGAUUAAACAGAAAAUGACUAUGCAAAGAAUAAUUAGAAUCAUUUGUACAGUACAUGUGGUCAAUACAACCUACUGGCGUAAGUAGGCUGCAGAUGAACUCCGGUUUCCUGUGAUGAGUUAUGAAAGUGUGCUACCAGUCAGCAGAAGCGUUUAACAGAUCGGUGCCCAGGGGCGGCACAAUGGCCUGGUAGAUGAAGAAUGCAGGCAGCUCUACACUGUCCCUGUUUGUUGGAGCUAAAUUAGUUCUGCUGAGGCUACUGCCUGCUCACCGCCUUCCAUCAUCUCUCUCUCUCUCCCCCACCCCCUACAGUCCACAAGGGAACUUGAGCCAACAUCUGGAUUGUAUUUCACUCUCUGAGUUUUGUUCUUCUUGGAGAAAAAAAAAAGACAGAAAGGAAGGGCAACAAAAGUAUAAUUUCACUUCGGAGUGCAGCUGGGAGUGAGAGAGUCGAUCGGAGCAGAAGAGUGUGUGUCAUGCAUCUUCCCUUCUCUGGAUUCGAAACCAUGUACUAAUAACAGAAUAGGCACCUUGGACUCUACCUCGGUUAGCUUUCUUCAGCUUUAUUCUCCGUAGAGAACAAUGUGCAAAUAAAGCGCGUUCUUGCUUGUAAUAUCAUGGGUCGCACAUUAGAGUUGCUAUCGAGAAGUUGGGGGUACGCUGCCCCCCUCCCCCAAAGAGAAACAAUGGAUUAUUAAGAUGACAAACGUUUUCGGGAAUUCGGCAGUUACAAUGGAUGUUAGUGUCUGUUGAGGAUUUGGUAGAGGUCGCAUCCCCAAUUCCGAAACGAGACUUAAAGUUUAAGUUUCAGAGGACAGGCGCAUAUUAAAAGGAAGUUAUAAGACUGACAGAAGGCCUUCUUAGUGUAUUGGGAGCUACAAAGAGGAUGUAAUAUGGAAUGAUCUUAAUCCGCUACAACCUUCAUUUAGAGAGAACUGCAGCUGUUACCAAACCAGAAAUCCAGGAACUGUGGCUGAAAUGAAGAAAUGCUGUUAAAGAGUACACAUGUUUUAAGAAUCCAUGCUACCAAGAACUUUUGCAAAUACCAGUUUUUUGUUAGAUAGUGGAUGAUGCAAGCUGUGAAGAAAGUUGUGUCUGUAAUAAUACAGUUUGAGAGUUAAAUUUGUAAAUGGGAAGCUUUGGAUAACACAGGAAACAGAUGAACUCUGGCAAGCCACAGUCACAGAAAUGUCAGCAACAGCAUCACCGUUCUUCAGUGGCAGGGUUUCACCACAACAACUGCUUUCGUAAAGCAGGCCCGGCAGGUAGACAUGCCCAUUUAAGUGCAACAAAGGAUUUUCCCAAAGUGGUGACUGAACCCACAGAUGAUAAAUGGUCCAGCAGCCUCACAGCCAGCACUGAAGUUCUACACUGUACCCUGAGGGAUUAAGUGCAAGACAGUUACUGAGGAAGAACAGGAGGCGGGAGGGGUCAUGCUGCCCACCACCCAUUGCCCAAAUGCUAUAAACAGGAAGAAAAUGGAAGAAUACAAAUCGCUGACCUGUUUGUCUGCUUGAGAGCUCUGAAGCUGUGACCUUACCAGUGUGGUUGCUGGGUCAAGAUAACUAGUCAAUGCCAUGGGAACUAUAAAUGAUAAAUACUUCAGAAAUGACACAGUCUAUCAUCAUUACAACUACACCAAAGAUUUAUCUCAUGAUAAAAAGUAUUUAGAACGCAGUUCACCUCCUGCAAUUAACAUUGUGUUUAUCAUAGUUUGUUGCAUCAUAAUCCUUGAGAAUAUACUGGUUUUGCUGGCCAUCUGGAGGAAUAAGAAAUUUCACACUGCCAUGUUCCUUUUCCUUGGAAACCUGGCAUUUUCAGAUCUGUUGGCUGGUUCUGCUUACAUUGCUAAUAUCCUCUUCUCUGGUCACAGAACGUUAACACUAACACCAUUUCAGUGGUUCUUCAGAGAAGGAACAGCAUUCACUGCUCUAUCAGCCUCCGUCUUCAGUCUCUUUGCCAUUGCCAUUGAGAGACAUGUAGCCAUUACAAAGGUCAAAGUGUACAGCAGUGACAAGAACUGUCGGAUGAUUUUGCUGAUUGGAACUUGCUGGAUGACAUCCUUGAUGAUUGGUGGCCUUCCUAUACUUGGCUGGAACUGUAUUGAUAGUAUAAAACUUUGCUCCACUGUGUUGCCUCUCUACUCCAAGUACUACAUUCUGUUUGUGGUGACAGUAUUCACAAUUACUCUUAUUGCAAUUGUUGUACUUUAUGUCCGCAUUUAUUGUAUCGUCAAGAGCAGCCACGGUGAAGUGGCCGCUCCACAGACUCUGGCCUUGUUAAAAACAGUGACUAUUGUGUUAGGAGUGUUUAUCAUGUGUUGGCUUCCAGCCUUUAUUAUCCUGCUGCUCGAUGUGUCUUGUGCACACAGGUCAUGCAACAUCCUGUACAAAGCAGACUAUUUCUUUGCAGUGGCCACACUUAACUCAGCUAUGAACCCACUUAUCUAUACGUUCAGCAGCAGGGAGAUGCGAAGAGAAUUCUUGCGAUUGUUGUGCUGCUGGGGAGUUACACAAAGGAACAGAUUGCAUGAUCGCUGCUUGGCACAGCUUAGAAGUUCCAGCUCACUCGAGCGCUGCACUCAUAAAUACGAACCGACCUCUCCUAUAAUGGCUGACUACACAACAUGUGUGUAGAAUGUUUAUAUGCUAAAAUAAACACAAAGCUAUUAUGUGGAGUUAUAAACACAUGAGAUCAAAUAGAUGUGUCUUUGAAACAGUUACACGGAUGUUAUUAGGUAUGGUAGACUCAUGAAACAGGUAUAAAUUAUGGAAAUAUGGUACUUAAGUUCAGGUUUUGUAUUACUUAUUUAAACAAAACAAAAAAAGGUAUAUGAAGGUGGAUAGUAAAGACUGUCAGACAUUGUUCUUUAAAUUAAAAAAUGUGAAUGUCAGGCAAAGACCUGAAUAUACAUAUGUAGUUAAGGAGCAUUCGUAGUCCUAGCAGUUACCUCAUCAUGUGUUAAUUCUACCAUUAUUACAUGCCAUACAUUUCUUUGUUCAGUUUUUUGCCAGUAUAAGACAUGGCAAACUGGAGCCAAAGCUGUUCCAUUUCUUCUACUGUUUCAUAUUAUAUGUACCACUUGUUAAAUAAAAACAGUGCUUUACCAUGA